CUGCAGCUCAGAGCUGUGCAGUGCGGUGCGGUGCGUUGCGGUGCGUUGCGGUGCAGGGGGCUGCUGCGCUGACAUGGUAAGCGGACCGGUGAGACAACCACGCAUUUCGCCGGUCUGCUUUUCACCUUUUAGGAUCUUUACGCAACAACCUGCUCGUUUUUUGUUUUUUUUUUGUUUUUUAAAUCAGCUGGUCCCAUUAAGUGACCCAUCAGGAUGUUCUGGAAGCUUCAACAGAACCUUUUACUCCUGCUUACAGCACAUGUCAUCUACUCAGCUGUGACUUGCGUGGGAGCCAUGGAGGGGAGCAGAGAGUGCAGAGAGCAGGAGUACAAGGACCGCUUUGGGAACUGCAAACCCUGCAAACAGUGCGACGCUGGGCAGGAGCUUUCGAAGGAAUGUGGCUUUGGUUAUGGAGAGGAUGCCCGGUGCGUGCCUUGCCGGAGCAGCCGCUUCAAAGAGGACCGGAGCCUGCAGAAGUGCAAACCCUGUCUGGACUGUGGCCUCAUCAACCGCUACCAGAAGGGCAACUGCUCCACCACCAGCAACGCUGUGUGUGGCGACUGUCUACCGGGAUUUUAUAGGAAAACAAAAUUAAGUGGAUUCCAGGACAUGGAGUGCAUACCGUGCGGGGACCCUCCUCCUCCUUAUGAACCCAAUUGUAGCGGGCGUGUGAACCUGGUGCCUCUGCCCCCCGUGGUGACCAGUCCCCGGGAUGUGGCCCUGGCUGCAGUCAUCUGCAGCGCUCUGGCUACGGUCCUGCUGGCGCUGCUGGUUCUGUGCGUCAUCUACUGCAAGAGGCAGCUGCUGGAGAAGAAACCCAGUGCUGCUUCGCUGAGAUCACAGGACUGUCCCUAUAGCGGGGCGGAGCUUUCCUGUCUGGACGCACGAUGGCUCCACGACUUCCCCCAGAGAACCUGCUGCCAGUGUCACAUGGACCCCGGACACCACUGUGGUCCGGUCCACCUGAUCCCCUCUCUGUGCUGUGAUGAGAGCUGCAGUUUGGGCCAUAGCCAGAACAUCAGUCCUUUCCAGUCACAGAUGAGCCUUAGUGACGUAAAUACACACCUGUAUGAUGAAGAUCCUCCGAUGUGGCAGGAAGGCCACACAGAACCCGAGUGUGUGGGAGGCGAUGGGAUGACAGGAAGCGUUGAGCCUCCUGAAUACGCCGAGCUUCCUCACUGUGGGGUCGACCCAGCAGAAGGAAGUGGGGAGGGAGGGGAGGAAAAGGAAGGAUUGGGGGGGUAUUCAUGUGAAAGGAGGAGGGAGGACACUGUGACUGAUGCACUUCUUCCCAAACAACAAGGGCAAACGCAGGAAGGGUGACGCAGACUUCUUUGCCUUGAACCACCCCAGACUCAGCAACAGCCACGGAUUCCUACCUAGCCUCCCCGCACACACAGACACAGGAGCGGUCGCUCCGUCUCCUUGACCUCAGAGCCCCUCUGCGGUCCAAACAGAACCUGCGCAUGAAUCCCCAAAGGAGCGCUGCCUGUUUAGGGAUAAAAACACUAAACACACACUGAGAAUGUGAACUCGAUGGCCCACAGGGUUGGAUCAUAUGAAGUUUAAAACGAUGCGACUUUUAAAACGUGAAGCAGAAUCAAAUCUGGGAAUGUCUUGCAUCUGCACAUGUAGGAGAACCUGACCUGUAUCGCUGGUCUGUUAAUGGAUGUUAUGAAGCUUUUGUGUGGAAAAGUUGGAGGAAAUGUGUUAUAAGUGGAAAAGUUGCACAUGAAAGACAAUCUUGAUCGUUACGAGGAAUGUCUGGGUGAUAAAUCCCCUGUAGAUACUGUAAAAUAUUAAACAGGUCAAUAUUUUUGCUAUGGACAGUAGACUUGAUGACGGCACGUUUGCCUUUCUCUCCUCCAUUAUAGUGUUGUCGGUUGUGAAAGUUCACGUCUGUGUAUCGAUGUAAAUAAACCACCUAAAACAAGAUGACACUUUAUUAGCUUUCAUUUCUUUCAAAUGAAAAACAUGUGAAAGAGCAGAUUUUGACUGUGAAUUUACUUCAA